GUUUACUGGUGACACAUUGGGAACAGCUGUUCUAAUCAGCGAGUAGCUAGCUACGAGCCAACUGACCGGUUACCUUAAAGUUAAUCUAAUUAUAUAUCACUGUUUGCCACCUUUUAUAUUUUUCCGGGCAGACUGAGGACUGUCACUAUGGAGCCCGCCUGCCGUAAAGACAAGCCAAAGCUGAACUCUACCCCGACCAGAGGCGACAGAGCCAAGCAGAAAUCUGCACAGCAAGAGCUCAAACAGAGACAGAGAGCAGAGAUUUAUGCUUUGAACAAGGUGAUGACAGAGUUGGAGCAGCAGCAGUUCGAGGCCUUUUGUAAACAGAUGCAGUCACAGGGAGAGUAAGAGUCCUGCCUGCUCCAACUUCCUCUAUCAUCUGGACCAGGACCUUUGACCGUCCAAAACACCACGUACACACACUGUUACACACACACUUUACACAGAUAUUUGGGUAGAUGAUUUGUGGUGCUGUUGUACUUCCCAUGUAGACGUUAAAAUAUACAAAUUGUUUUCUAAUGUGAAUCGGACAGUCUUACGUUUCACUGACUCGAGUUCCUGGCUCAAAUGAACAGAAAGCAGGUCACUGACAUUUCUGUCCCUUGAAUAUCAGCCUAUUCUGUUUUUUCAGUAGUGUCACAUGUACAUGUUUCAAGUUGCCCAGGUCAAAUGCACAGACUAACUUCACCACUGUGUUGAUAACUGAAUAACGGGCCUUUUAGAAGCACACUGCUGCCAGGCAGCCUCCCUCUGUAGAGCCAAUCAAUGAUGAUUUUGGCAACACAGUUUUACAUAUAUAAUCUUAAUAUCUAAGUUACCUAAGUAAUUUGCUUCACACAAAACAUAAAAGGCUGUUUUUUUUUUUUUUUGCAUUUUGAUGCUUACACUCAUCUAAUACUACAAACCACAAACGUCAGAAUUGCAACAUGUCAUCAUAAUUUCUGCUUUCAUAAAACAGCUACCUGUCACAUACUCUCCCAAGAAUAGCAAUUUGAGGCGUCAUGGGUAACUAAGGUUUUACUCUGAGGUGGGAGUGUUUGCAAUCCCAGGUUCACUUUAAGUGUUAUUCCUAGAAAUGAUUCUAUGAUGCUUGAGAAAUAUAACCAAUAUGUUUGACUUGAUAGAUGCUCGACUCUCUGCACCAGCAGUGUUACUCUACAUCUCAUGCACUCAUUUGGCUUCUUUAUGACUCCACACACAAGUAAACUUUCAGUGUGUGGAAAGGUGUAAUCAAUCAAUCUGCUCUCAUGUCAAAAAUACAUCAUAAGCUUUUUGCAGGAGCAAGUUUCAUGUAGAAAAAUUCAGUGUGCAUCAGUCUUUAUCCAUUACAACCACAUGUGGUGAACGGUGAGUGAAAAGUUUUCAUUCUGUUACCUUUGAGGCUACAGUUUGUAAUUAUAAUGCAUUUUAGCUAAAUCACAUUUUUGUCGGCUCUUGACCUAAACGAUGCAGUGGUAGACUGUUUAACAGUGGCCAUUGAUAAAGACAAAUAUUACAUUAACCUGACAAAAUACUGGUCCUGGUACAUAGCUAAUGUUGAUAGACUGCAGUUCAUAGCCACUGAUUCUGUGAACUAAUGGUAGAGCAAAGGCUAAUUCAGUGAUUCUUAAACAUUGCUUAAUGUAGCUUUAAUCUAAACUGUGUCCUUAAUAUGUCAGUGUUAAUGGUGCUCGCUUUGAACACUAUCAGUGUCAGUGACAUGCAAUGCCAACUGGCCUCUAUAUCAAUUUUUACUGCAUUUUAUUGUCACAGGCACAAGUUUGCAAUCUAACUUCUGUUUAUGGCUGAUGGCAGCAGAAUGUUUAUAUUGUUAAACACAGUAUGUCAGCCUCUUUCUUGAGUUAUACAAUUUUGAUUUAAUGAAAAUAAAAAUGAGUUUUUUAA